CGUAUCCCCCACAGUUCAUCCUGGUUAACGGACGGUGAAGGUUACCUGCUUCAACAGUGCUUGAACGGCAACCUUUAACUGUCUCAAAGGCCCCAACAUUUAAAGCAGCUGUUUCUACUCCGCUUUCCGUCCCGAAGCUGAAACUUUAGGCACCGCCAGCUACGUUUGAUCCUCCGCUUCGCCUGAGAGCUAACCAGCUUGUUUUGCUAACAACGCAACCAAGAGCGGCGACCUCCUCAAAAGACGAACCAUGACUUCCCAGGUGAGACACAACUUCCAUCAGGACUGCGAGGCUGCCAUCAACAGGCAGAUCAACCUGGAGCUGUACGCCUCCUACGUCUACCUGUCCAUGGGUUACUACUUUGACCGGGAUGAUCAGGCACUGCACAACUUUGCCAAGUUCUUCCGUCAUCAGUCCCAUGAGGAGCGUGAGCAUGCUGAAAAGCUGAUGAAGCUGCAGAACCAGAGGGGAGGAAGGAUUUUCCUGCAGGACGUCAAGAAGCCAGACAGGGAUGAGUGGGGCAGUGGUGUCGAAGCUCUUGAAUGUGCCCUGCAGCUUGAGAAGAGUGUGAACCAGUCACUGCUGGACUUGCACAAGCUUUGCUCCACUCACAAUGACCCACAUUUGUGCGACUUCAUUGAGACUCACUACCUUGAUGAGCAGGUGAAGUCUAUCAAAGAGCUGGGAGACUGGGUGAGCAACCUGCGGCGCAUGGGAGCUCCUCAGAACGGCAUGGCGGAGUACCUGUUUGACAAACACACUCUCGGCAAAGAGAGCAGCUAAAUCCGUCCAGAACUCCAUUAGAAAGUCUUCUGUCUGGGGACAUUAAUAUCUUGCUUUCAGAAACUUAGAAAUAAGCCUUUUGCAUGAAAUUGCUCAUUCAUUGUUCAACAGUUACUAUAGAAACCUUUUGGCUUUGUUGUAGUUCCUGCAUGUUUUGCUGUCUUGUUUAAGACAAAGUGUUAACCAAACCAAAUAAAUCCAACCCUCUGGAUUCUCA